AUCUUACACACUCCGGUACAGUAGGGGGCGUCGUGAAGAAGAAGAAGCUUCUGUGUAGCGUACUUUUGUGGAUACACUAGAAACUACUCCACUUAACACUACUUUGGGGCAUUAGUCAGGUUAGCGUAACGUUAUCUGUAAGAAUGUACACUUUUAGCUUGAGUGCGGAAGAGUUGUAUUUGGCGUCAGCGGUGUAGUUCACGGACCCUCGGCUACAUGGGGACUUAGCAGGGCUGUUUUAAGUUUUGCAUGGUUUCAGAUUUUUAGCAAACAUGUCUCAACUUUCUGACUCCGACGACACGACCCCAUUGCUCAGGGAUGCAUCGAGCAGUGAUGACUCUCAGGAUGAAUAUUACAAGAGUCGGUGGAAGUCCAUCCGUGUUAUGUACUUCACCAUGUUUCUCAGCAGUGUAGGUUUCACUAUUGUCAUCACAUCACUGUGGCCCUAUUUACAACAGGUUGAUGAUAGUGCCAAUGCCACCUUCUUGGGAUGGGUCGUGGCGGCCUACAGUCUCGGUCAGAUGUUGGCCUCGCCCAUUUUUGGCCUUUGGUCCAACUACCGGCCACACAAGGAGCCGCUUUUGUGUUCCAUCUCCAUCAACCUGUUGGCCAAUAUCUACUACGUCUACGCAUACCUGCCCAGAACCAAUAACAAGUUCCACGUACUCAUGUCUAGAGCCUUUGUGGGCUUUGGAGCAGGUAAUGUCGCUGUGGUGAGGUCCUUUGUUGCUGGCGCUACAUCACUGAAGGAGAGGACCAGUGCCAUGGCCAACAUGAGUGCCUGUCAGGCCUUGGGUUUCAUCCUGGGACCAGCUCUGCAGGCCUGCCUAUCGUUCAUCGGUGAGCAUGGUGUCACGGUAAAGGUUAUAGACCUGCAGCUCAACAUGUACACAGCUCCUGCUUUACUAGCCACAGCCUUUUGCUUCAUCAACAUCCUGCUGGUUGUCUUUGUGCUGAGAGAUCACCAUGUUGAUGAGCAUGGAAGACAGAUUCAAGCCAUCAACUACACAUUGGAGGAUGGAGAUGAUGUUAGUGAAGAGACUGAGGAGACCAUUGAUCAGAUAGCAGUCCUGACUUCCAACGUUCUCUUCUUCAUCAUCAUGUUCAUCUUUGCGGUCUUUGAGACAAUUGCCACCCCUUUGUCCAUGGACAUGUUCGCUUGGACAAGGAGGGAAGCUGUGUUAUACAAUGGCAUCAUCAUCUGCUGCAUUGGAUUGGAAUCCAUAUUGGUGUUUCUAGUUGUAAAAGUGGCCUCUCAAAGGGUCGGGGAUCGUCCUGUGUUGCUAGCUGGCUUGGCAAUUAUAUUCUGUGGUUUCUUUAUUCUCCUGCCAUGGGGAAAUCAUUACCCUAAAAUCCAGUGGGCAGAUAUCAAAAACAACUCUAUGAACAGCUCUUUGGUCAGUCAGAUGUCUGAAGCCGCUUUAGCCUCCAACAACUCUGUGGAGCUAACAGGCUGCCCGUUGGAUCAGACCUGGUGCCAGUAUACUCCUGCCAUCCAUCUGGCCCAGUACAUCUCAUCUGACAUCCUCAUCGGGGUGGGGUACCCAGCCUGCAACGUGAUGUCAUACACACUCUAUUCCAAAAUCCUCGGACCCAAACCUCAGGGAGUGUACAUGGGCUGGUUGACAGCCUCAGGGAGUGGGGCGCGGACAGUGGCCCCGAUCUUUGUCUCCCAGGUCUAUACCAUCCUGGGACCCCGCUGGGCCUUCAGCCUCAUCUGUGGCAUGGUGUUAGGGGCCAUCAUCCUCCUCAGCUCUGUUUACCGUCGACUCCUCACCUUUUCUGUACGCCAUGGAAGGACUAUGUAAUAAAAAGUAAAGAUUCACACUGGA